UGUUUACUUUUUUCUUGUUUAUUGUGUUUUGAAAUGAAAGUUCAAAGUUGCAGUUGGAAAUGAAAACUGAAGAGAUUGUUUAUUAAGUAAGGUAUUAAAAUUCAAGUAUCAAAAUGUUGAAUGAUUCGUUUAGUAUUGAAAACUGCAAAAUUAUUAAUAUAGACCCAACAGCAUAUUACAUAUCAGACUUUAUAACAGAAGAAGAUGAAAAAUACAUAAUUUCUAACAUAUAUGCAGCACCGAAGCCAAAAUGGACACAACUAUCCAAUAGAAGGUUACAGAAUUGGGGUGGCUUGCCACAUAACAGGGGUAUGAUAGCAGAAGAAAUACCAAACUGGCUUCAAAAAUACCUGAAUAAUAUAAACUCCUUGAAUGUAAUGGAUGGAAAAAAGCCUAACCAUGUUUUAGUAAAUGAAUAUCUACCCGGGCAAGGUAUCCUACCACAUUUGGAUGGAUCGCUAUUCUACCCAACAAUAACCACAAUAUCUGUUGCUUCUCACACAAUUCUAAAGUUUCUAGAACCUAGUUCUUCAGAUGAUGCUGUAUUAAAACCAGUUUUCAAAUUCUUAUUGGAACCAAGAAGUUUAUUGGUAUUGAAAGAUAGACUAUUUGAUUAUUAUUUGCAUAGUAUUGAUGAGGUCAGUGAGGAUGUGUUGGACGAUUCUGUUGUAAAUUUAAACAUGUGUUCCAACAAAUAUGUGAAGGGAGCAACAUUAACUCGUGACACUAGGAUUUCAUUGACAAUAAGACAUGUGCCAAAGACUACUAGUUUUAAAAUCAAUAUUGGUAAUAAAAGAUGAUGUAAACCAUAUUUAAUUUAUACCAGUUAAACUUGGCUAACAGACUGAUUAUUAUUUUGUACACAACAAUAAUAUACUAUAAAAGUAAAAACAUUAUAUUACUGAAAAUUGAGAAAGGGCAAUAAAAACACAGAGCCUAUUUUAAAAUUAUUUGUUUAAAUUGUAAUGAUUUUUUCCCUUUAUUGUCUAUGUUAAGACCAGCUAAGUUUUCUCUAUCAGUGAAUAUCACAUAAUGUGUUCUUUUUUUUCUUUACUUUUAUUGUCUUCUCCCAAUUUUAUUACAUAAUGUUACUAUUUGUUUCAACUUUUUCACUUGUUUCAACUUUUUCAAUGUAUUUUU